AUGCUUUAAUAAUAAAAAUCAUCAUGGGCUUAAUAUAAUUCACCUCAACAAUAACGAUAAUAUAGCAGUCCUAGUUCUCCUUCAAUCAGAUCUGAUUAGAUUUCUAGACAAGAUGAAAUUGAUGAAUAAUGGGAUGUUAUUGUGGAAGACAAUUUUGUAAAGAGAGUUGGAUCAAAUCAAAAUUAAAGAUUUGAAAGUGAUUUCACAGUUUAAGAUCAAGAUAAACGUACUUUUUAGCAUAAACAAUAUAGGGAAUAUAUUGCAUUAAACUGCUCUAAGAUAGGAUUCAAAAAUACUUGAACUUUUAAUAUAGGAUUAUCAAAAUUUACUCAAAGAUAAUAAGAAAUAAGAAAGAUCUAAAAUGUAAAGGAAAAUAUCAUAAAUAAAGAAUAAUGAAAAUGAAGAUGAAGAAGUUAUAGAGAUAGAUUUUGAUUGUGAGGAUUAUAAAUUUUCAGAAAUAUAAGAUUAAGUAAAGAAGUAUGUUUAAUAGCCAGACAUAUUUGGAUGUACUCCAAUAUAAAUAUGCUGUUUUUUAAAUGAUUCAAAAUAGCAUUAAAAUAGAUAAUAAUGUUUGAAAAUUUUAAUUGAUAAUGGUUCAAAUGUAAAUGAAGUAAAUCCUCAUAACUAAUGGAGACCACUUCAUUGGUGUUCAUUUUAUGGUGAUGAAGCUAGUGUUAAAUUAUUAUUGUAAAAUAAAGCUUUUUCAUUUCUUUGUGAUAAUAACGGUUUAUACCCAAUGGAUUUAGCAGGCAAAAAUUCACAUACAUAAGUAUUAGAAAUAUUAAUAGAAAAUAUGGUUAUUUUGUUAAAAGAAUGUUAAUUAUUUUGGAUUGGUGAAUUGAAAGGAAAAAAUGAAGUUGAGUAUAUAGAAUUUUAAGAAAUAUGUUCAAAAUAUGAAGCUGAAUUAUAAAAUCCACUUUUAUAUACAAAAAUCUUAUUUUGGUGUUGCAGAUCUAAAUUCAAUAAGUUUAUCAAAACAAUACUACAAAAAUUACCAAGAAUUUAUAUAAUGUUUCCGAUUAAAUCUUUAGAUUCAUAAACUUGUCUUCAUGCUUGCUGUUUUAGUAGUAAUGCAGAGGCUUUAAAAAUGAUAGUCAAAUUUGAAAUUUUAGAUUUGUCAAUGAUGAAACCUGAUCCAGGAUAAUCAAAAAAAUAAUUAAAAAGAGAAAAAAGAAGAGAAGGAUUCCAUUUCAAGAUAUUAAGCAAUUAUUUAGAAUAUAUCUCAAAAAAUGAUGUUUCUGGUAUAAACUUAUUAUUAGAAAGAAAAGAUACUUCAAUAUAUAAAGAAAGGUAUUAUCAUGAACUUUAGAGAUAUUUAUUAUAAGAUUAAAUAUAUAAAUAUGAACUCGCAAGAGUUAAUUAUAUGCUCUUAAAUCUUAAAGAUUAAAAAGCAGAUAAGUUAUUUUAUGAUUAAACAAAACAAACAUUUUGUAGGAAUGUAUUAAAUAUUAAUGUAAAAGAUAAUCAUGGAAAUACACCAUUACAUUUAGCAUCAUUAAAUGGAGAUUAAAAUAUUAUUAAAUUUCUUUUAAAUAAAUUUGCUGAUCCAGAAGCAGAAAAUAAUGAAUUCUUUAGAGCUAAAUAAUUAACUAGAGAUUUUACAACUUAAUUAUAUUAUGAUGGAUUAAUUAAAAAAUAGAAAUAUAUGAUUAGUUAAGCUUAAUUAUUACGAUCUAUUGAAUUAAUAUUCUAAAAACAUAAACAAAAAAGAUUAAAGACUAUUACUAAUUUUGAAGAUUAAUAUAAUUUAACUGAAAAUAUUCAAUAAAAGUCUAAAUAUUAUAAAUUAUAAUUGAAAAUAAAAAUAAAAGGAAAAUAAAAAUCAAAAAAGAAAUUAUAAACUAUUUCUUAAAUAGAUUAGAGUGAAUCAGCCAAAAUUACAGAUUUAAGAACUUCAAAUGCAAAAGAAAAUUCAAAAUUAAUUUAGAAACCAAAAAAAACUAAAAAAGUAACUAAUAAAGUUAUUCCAUUAAAUUUAUAACCAUAAAAUUAAAAUAAAAAAUCUAAAAGUUCAUAUGAUCAUUAUGAAUAAUUAAUACUAUUUUCUAGUUAAUUAUUUGUUCCAGAUAUAGUAUUAAAAUUUGAUUAAUCAGUCAAAGUUAAUUUAAUUGAUUAUUUUUAAAUGAAAAAAUCUUUCUAAUUAGGAGAUUAAAAAAAGCUGAUAGAAUAAUAAAUUAACUUUUAAAUAGAUCUUUUAUAAAAAGCAGAAUUUGAAAUAUAUAUGAUGUUUUCAUUUACUUCAGAAGAUUACAUUUACAUAAUGUUAAGAAUAAAAGAAGAAAAAUUAGAAAGAUUAGCAGAAGAAAUGGAAAUGCAAAUUAAAUUAAUUGAUUCUUUUGAUUUAGAAUAGUUUAAAAUGAAACAAAGAAAUAAAUUUGAACCUUUUAGAUCUAGUUAAAGAUAAAAAAUUGUUUAUGAACAUUUACUUAAAUCAAUAAAUAUAGAAUCAUUAAUGAAAUCAAAAUUAGUAGAUUCUUGUUAUGCUAUGCAUACAUCAGGAGGUAUUUAAAUAGUUAAAAAGGAAUGGUAAUAAUUAUUAUUUGGAUUCAUUCCUUAACCAAUAUGUUAAAUUAAAGAUUAUUUAAGUGAAGGUAGGGGAAGGAAUUUUACUUCAUUAACAACUAUGAGAUUGUAUUUUGGAGAAUAGAUUUCCUUCUUUUUUGCUUGGAUAAGUUAUCUUACUUGUAUUUCAUUAAUUAUUGCAAUUCCAGGAUUAAUAUUAUAAAUCUAUGUUAUUUUAUAUGAUUUUCACUCAGAAAUAUUGCCAUAUUGGGUAUUAGUUGUAACAAUUUGGUCAACUGUAUAAACAGAAUUGUGGAAAAGAAAAACAUCAGAAAUCAAUACAAGAUGGGGUUGUAUUGAUUAAAUGCUUUAAGUGGAAUCUUCUUAUUAUGAAGGUCCUUUGAAAAAUAAAUUUUCAGGUGAUGAAGAGAUAAAUAAUAUAACAAAAAAAUUAACAAAACAUUAAUAAAUUACUAAAUUGGCAGCUUACUUUGUUUUCUUUUUGAUUUUAUUAGCUAUUUUUCUUCUGGGAAGUUUUGGAAUAGUUUAUGGAAUUGAUAUACUAAGGAUAGAAGUUAAAUCUUACAAAGGCGUAGUAUUUUUAUUAGGUGCUUUAUAAGCUAUUGCAAUAUAAAUAUUAAAUAUAUUAUUUCAUUAUUUCUCUAAAUGGUAUGCUGAUCAAGAAAAUCAUAAAUUUGAAUUAAGUUAUGAAAAAUCUUUAAUUUAUAAGAACGUAUUCUUUAGAUUCAUAAAUUCAUAUAUGCCAUUGAUGUAUAUAAUAGUAUCUAGUAAUGAUUAUAAUUUGGAGGAUAUCUUUUAUUUUCUUAUCCCCCUUGUUCUAGUUAAGAAAGCCUAUUAUAUAUUAAUUGACUUUUUGAUACCUGCUUUGAUUAUUAGAACUAAAAUAAAAAUGUAUUUUUCAAAAGUUAAAGAAGUUUCUUCAGAUUAACUACAAUUUAGAAAAUAGAAAGGAAAAUCAUUAUAUUUUUUGGAUGAAAUUGAAUAAUUUUGGGCUUAUAAUGAAUUUAACAAUAAUAAAAUGUCAUAGGCAUAACGUUCAUCUUAAGACAAUUCAAUAGAAGUAGCAUUUUUAGAAUCUGCUUCUAGAACUGUACUUAAAGUUGAAAGUGAAGAGAUUUUAGAGGAGAAAUUACAAGAAUAAACUUAGAAUCCAAAAUUAGUUUAUUAACCUUUUGAAACUAAGAUUGAUACUGAUGCUAUUGAAUUAAAUUCUUUUAAAGAUGAGUUUGGAGGAACUUUAGAUUAUUUCAUGGAAGCAGUUACUGAUUAUGGAUAUUUUAUUUUAUUUUCAGCUGCUUUUCCAAUAGGUCCAUUUAUAGGGAUAAUUUUAAAUAUUGUAGAAAUUUAAAUGAAACUAUAUAAAUUAAUAUAUAUGACUAAAAGAAUAAAAUCUGAAAGGAUGCCUGGUAUUGGUUAGUGGUUAAAUAUUUUAGAAUUUUUAAGUGCAAUAGGAGUAUUUACAAAUUAUGUUUUAUUAUAUUUUAAACAGAGAAAUGCAACUUUAAAGAUGUUUACUAAUGAUAUAGAUUAGAUUAUAUAAAAUGAUUUAGAAUUAUGGUAUUUUAUAAGUUUUGUUAUUGCUGUCACUUUAAUAAAAAUACUUGUAAGAUAAUUAAUACCAGAUAGACCAGAAUGGGUAAUAGAAGAGAUUGAUAAAAUAAAUAAUAGAGAAUUAGUUGAAUAAUAAGAAAAAGCAAAGUAAAAAUUAAGAGAUAUGGAAAAGCAUUUUAAAGAAUUAAGGUAAUAAAUUUAAAUUAUAUAUAUAGAGAUGAAAAUACUAAAUUGAAAAAGGAAUAAGCAGAUUUAGAAUAAGUAACUGAAGUAAAAAUUAAAUCAUUAGAUGCUGAAAUAAAUAAAUUAGAAUAAUAGUUUUAAAACAUAUCAAGAUUUAAAAAAAUAGAUAAAUUAAUAAUAACUGAGUAUGAUAUGAUAGUAUUGAAUGUACUUAAAAAUAGAUAUUAUCAAUUUGAUAAUAUAAUGUUGACAAAAAGACUACUUCAAUUUUUAGAAGCAAAAUCGUGUAUUAUUUAAAUCUGUUAAGAAUGUGGAAAAACUCCAGCAAUUCUUGAAUGUUUAGAAUGUUAAGAGAAUUUCUGUGCAUAAUGCUAUUAUAAAGUUCACACUGUUAUAUAAUAGAUGAAACAUAAUGUUAAAUUAAAAGUGAAGAAAAAUGAAAUUUUAGAAUAAAUUGAAUUAAAUGUAGUCUAAGAUGAUAAAUAUCAAAAAGUAGGUGUAUCAGAAUAAUCAAAAUUAUUAAAACAAUAAAUUGGAAUUGCACUUCCAAAAAGAAAUUGGAAGAAAAUUGAAUAUUUUUUCAUACCAUUAUAAUUACAAAGUGGAUAACCUAAAUUAAAUGAAUUGUAUAAUUAAUUUGGAGAUUUUUACUUAAAAAGUUCAGGUUUAGAAUUUAGAGAUUUUAAGAUUUUUAUUGAAAAGAUAUUACCAGUUAAAGAUGUAUUAAUUGCAGAAGAUCCUACUUUAAGAUUAGAAGACAAAAUUUUUCUCAAUCGAAUUGCUUUUUAAUUGUUUAGAAAGAAAAAACAUUCUGCUGAAAUUUAACAAUUCUUAAAAUAAUGUACAAUUCUAUAAUCAGGAUAACUUGAAUAAAGAAUAUUUAUGUUCUUUGAUUUUAUAGAUAUUAAUGAAGAUGAUUAAAUUUCUAAAAGUGAAUUAGAAGGUUUGUUCCUUACUUCAUUUGUGUAAGAUUUAAGAACUAAUAAAAGAGUUUAUGAAAUGAUUGAUUAAUUCUUUCCAAAUAAUGUAUAAGUUAGAAUUAAAAGAGAUAUAUCCUAAGACUUUUUUAAUAAAGUGACUAGAAGUGAUGAAUUUAGAACAUUUUUAGAGGCAUUAUUAUAAGUUUAAGGAGUUAAAUGCUGA